UUCAACGCCAUCGUAUGCUCGGGAGCCAGGAUGAAACGGCAUCGCAGCUUAGCACCCAAUGGGUGAGAGGGCGGGAAAAGGGGGGGUUGAGGACUGGAGGGAGGCCAAUUGGGUAAAAACAGAGCUGGCGGGAAAUGGCGAGGAUACCCUGGCCCGCCGAAUAUAAAAGGGACGCUCCACGACGAGCAGCAGCCAAAGAGUCCCAGGUCCUUUUCCGCACCUUUCCCUCCAAGACGCAGCAGUCUAUCAAGUCAGGGGCUCCCACCACCUGAAACACCACCCACUCGAACACACCCCAUUCACGGCCAACCAUGCUCGGGUCCUCGGUCCUUGCCGCACUCGCGGCGCUCAGCGGCGCGGCGCUCGCGUCGCCGCUCGACCUGAUCACGCGGUCGACGCCGGCCGGGACGGGGACGCACGACGGGUUCUUCUACUCGUUCUGGACGGACGGGGCGGGGCAGGUGACGUACAACAACGGGCCGGGGGGCUCGUACGACGUGUCGUGGCAGAACGUGGGGAACUUCGUGGCGGGGAAGGGGUGGAACCCGGGGGCGACGCGGGUGGUGACGUACAACGGGACGUGGAACGGGGGCUCGGUGAACAGCUACCUGUCGGUGUACGGGUGGACGCGGAACCCGCUGAUCGAGUACUACGUGGUGGAGGCGUUCGGGACGUACAACCCGUCGACGGGGGCGGGGAAGCUGGGGGAGAUCGAGAGCGACGGGGGCACGUACGACAUCUACCGCACGCAGCGCGUCAACCAGCCGUCGAUCGACGGCACCGCCACCUUCUACCAGUUCUGGUCCGUCCGCCGCCAGAAGCGCGUCGGCGGCUCCGUCACCAUCAAGAACCACUUCGACGCCUGGGAGAAGGCCGGCCUCCGCCUCGGCACCCACAACUACCAGAUCCUCGCCACCGAGGGCUACCAGAGCAGCGGCUCCGCCCGCAUCACCGUCGAGCAGUCCUGAGCCCCCCGCCCGCCGGCUGCUUAGCAGGGCCCGAACGCGGAGGGGGCCACGGAUCGUAACCUGUCGUUCGUCUAUCUAUCUAUCUAUCUAUCCGUCCAUCUUUCCUUCGUGCUAUUAU